AUGCCCGGUGAGAAUCAUAGUGACGUCACUGUUGAGGACGUAGACUGUCCUGAAUCUCAAGGUGCUACAGGCAUUAUUUCGAGUGCAAGCGACUACAUCGAAUGGGUCAAUGCAAUAAUGAAGCGACAAAGGCUAAUUACGGAAGGCGUUUUUGAGGGGCUUAUCGAGGGGCGAAUUUUGCAGGACCUAUCGAGUAAAGAUAGUGUGGAGGAGACAAUAUGUGCAGCCGGAUGGGACAUUCGCUGGUACUGCGGUGGCAAGAUGGUCUCGCACAAUGAGUCAGAAGAGGGAUUUGCGUGCAACUACUUCUUCAUUCCCGACCUCAACUUUGAAGGAGUCAUUAUGAGCAACUCAGACAUGGCAAGCGAGGUUGUGAGCAUCCUCACAUACGUGUUGAUUGAUCAGGGAAUGCAGGUGCCACGACCUGAAAGCUUUCUUGGUGUCGAGAAAGACUUGAAUUGGAAGCCUGAAUCAGAGACUAGUGCUGAUCACAGUGAUGGUGAAACUAUGAGGCCAGAGGAAGAAGUCCGACAGGAACUUUGCCCUGAAUCAAAGAGCUGGAGUGCACUCCAUGCCACUUUCUGCAAACACUGUGGAAUACCAGAACCCCGGGUACCGAAAGAUUAA